AUGGGUCAAAGAAGACAAGCAGACAUUCUGAGAGAGUAUGACAACCAAGCGCUUGAUCUUUUAAGCUGUAUGACAUUAGACGUUGAAGAUUGUCACACCAUUUUCCAUUCCAAGAAAGUGAACAUGUCUAGUCUGGAGUAUGCUAGGUUAUUUGGUGCAACUAGAAAGAGCGUGAAAAGUGGUGCAAGCUGGGCUGCAUACUAUCACACCAGUCGAAAGUCCAGGUCUCAGUUCGGAAAUGGAAAUGUUGAAUUAGGGAUUUUAGAUGAAAAUUUUCAGAACCAUAGCUUUUUGCUGACCCGAGCAAACUUCAUUUGCUACCGGGGUCUUAAAGCUUUCGAGAAGUACUUCCAUGGUUCCAGGUACAUUUUCUUUGGGAGAAAUGGUACCCGAUACAAUUGGGUCGGAAGCAAAAGAAUCUGUAAUGAACAGUCUGGAUAUAACCUUGUUUCAAUCGAGAGUCGUGAGGAAUGGAACUUCCUGAGGCAAACCAUUCAAAGAGAGAAUACCACUGAAUACUUCAUAGGGUUGUGGGAAGAUACAUCAACUGGAGUGUGGAGAUGGUUAAGUGAUAACAGCUCAGUGAAUGCGUCCAGCAGAGGACAUUGGCCCUGGGCAAGAGGAGAACCUAACAACAGAGGUGGUGAUUAUGAAGAGAACUGCGCGCAAAUGUACAGAGACUAUCGUAAUAACUACGGGCUCUAUAAUGAUGUCAGCUGUACUUCACCCAAAUCUUAUGCAGGAUUCAUAUGUGAAUUGACAGGUGCAGGACAUAAUAAAUCAGCAAAGGCGACGGCGUCCACCAUAUGUGGUACUAUAAGCGUUGUAACUGUUGAGGACUUGAGCUAUCCAGCAAAUAUGUCGGUACGAUGA